AAUCCGAUCACCGUCGUUUCUACAAACACCGACGAUUAGGGAGCAGCUACUGACUGAAGAUUGAAGAAGAUGGCGAAUAGCUCAUUACCAGAUUCGGUAAGCUUCAGACUUGGGCAGCGAGUCCAUGCAGCCAACGAUCCGCGCCGGAUCGGUACGGUCAAGUACAUAGGUGAAGUGGAGGGGUACUCGGGCACACGGGUUGGAGUGGACUGGGACAACCACAGAGAUGGCAAGCACGACGGUUCCAUCAAUGGCGUCCGAUACUUCCAUGGCCGAUCCGAACUGUCCGGUUCAUUCAUCCGGCCUCACAAUUUGAGUCCCGGCAUCUCGCUGCUUCAAGCUCUCAAGCUCAGAUACGAAAGCCAUUCUACAGAAGAAGAAGAGGAUGAAAUGUAUGUAUUUUCUGCUACCAAUAAACGUGUAUCUGUUGAACUUGUUGGUAAAGAAAAAAUUCAGGACAAGUUAAGUCGAUUUGAAGAAUUAACAAGUGCUUCGCUAUCUUAUUUGGGUGUGAGCAAUCCUGGAGCACCAGGUGAAAUCAGUAGCGUGGUGCCAAAUCUAAAGGAGCUUGACUUGACAGGAAAUUUGAUUUCAGAAUGGAAGGAUAUUGGUACCAUCUGUGAACAGUUACUGUCACUUCUAGCGCUCAAUUUAUCCAAUAACUUGAUGAUGCAGAACAUUACUGGGUUGCCACAGCUAAAAGGCAUCUGUGUUUUGGUUCUGAACAAUUCAAGCAUAAAUUGGUCUCAGGUUGAAAUUCUUGAACAUUCAUUGCCAGCAAUUCAAGAGUUACACCUGAUGGGGAAUCUCAUAAGCACAAUACAGCUAGCAUCAUCAUCCACUGUUCAAGGAUUUGAUUCUCUGCGGCUUCUGAAUUUGGAAGAUAAUUGCAUAGCUGAUUGGAAUGAAAUCUUAAAGCUUUCACAGCUGAAAAGUUUGGAGCAGCUUUACUUGAACAAGAACAAAUUGGCCAACAUCUUUUACUCUGAUAAUGAUAAGAUACAUGAAAAGACCUAUGUGCCAUUUCAAAAUUUGCGGUGCCUUCUUUUGGGAAGUAACAAUAUUGUGGAUCUGGCUUCAAUUGACUCUCUGAAUUCAUUUCCUAAAUUGAUUGAUGUUAGGCUUUUUGAUAAUCCAAUAGCUGAUCCUGCAAGAGGUGGUAUCCCAAGAUUUGUUUUGAUUGCACGGCUAGCAAAAGUUGAAAUGUUAAAUAGUAGUGAGAUAAGUGCUCGUGAAAGGAAGGAAUCUGAGAUCCGGUAUGUCCGCUUGGUAAUGUCAAAGUUGGAUGAUAAUCCAGAAGAAAUUAAGCAGCUGCAUCCGAGGUUCUCUGAGCUGAAGAAAUUUCAUGGGAUUGAGGACGAAAGGCCAUCAGUUGGGACAGCAGGACCACAGAAAAUGGCCUCGGGACUGUUGUCAAUCACUCUGAAGUGCGUUGGUCCUUCCAUUGGUGAGAAGCCUCCAUUGACAAAGAAAAUCCCAGCCACUACCACGGUUGCCAAGUUAAAAAUUCUUUGUGAAGGUCUAUUCAAGCUCAAAUCUAUAAAGUUGAAAUUAUUUCUUCAAGAAGAGGGUUCUCCUCUGCCGAUGUUGCUUGAUGAUGAAAUGGCAUCUCUUAUGGAAAUCGGGAUUGGUAAUGAGUCGACUAUUCUUGUGGAUGAAGAGAGUUGAGGGAAACAUUAUACAGAAUCCAUUAAGAUCACUGCAUAAUCAAUUUAGGGAUACAACGAAAUGUGCCAUGGAAAGAAGACAUACCAGGGCCAUGCUGUUUUCUUCCCUGGUUGCUUGGGUUUUGCAUUUGACGUUUUUACGGGAUGAUCCGAGAUAAAGAUCAGUUAAUUUCCUUACUACCACUCAAUUUUUUUUUUUUGGUUGACUCCUGAUCCUUUGUAUUUUGGAGACAUACAGAAAAAUUAGUUUGAGGAAGAAACUGGCGCAUAUUUU